UAAAUAAUUGAGUAAUGGCGUUAUUAACAAUAUUAUGGUUUCUGUUAGGCGUAAUAUUUACAAUUGUAAAUGGAGAAUUUCUUAGAUUUGAGGGACAAUGUCCCAAGCUUAAACCAACUAAGGAAUCAACGAUUUCAAGUGGAAAUUAUUAUGCGAUUGCUGAAACUAAAAAUGAAACCACUAGAAGUGACAUGCAUCUGAAACUUCAACGAAGAGGAGCAGAUUCCAAUGAAUAUGAUGUUGUCGAUGAAUUUAGAAUUUCUGACAAUUCUGAUGAGGAUUGUGUGCAUAUAAAAGGAUUGCUUCGUACAGCGAAAAAAGGCAAAGGAAAACUUUACAUUGUUUUUGAAACAGAAGAUGAUGAAACAGGAUCUUUGGGUCCAGUAGGUACUCGAAUAAACGAUUUAACACAGUCUAUAAUAUUUUUGUGCUACAAUUCACAAGAAGAAGAUGGUGUAUUUUAUGGAAAAGUAUUGGUGUUCCGCAAAGACCCAGAAGAAUUUGAUGAUGAACAACGAAAGAAAAUUGAAAAUGUACUGAAAUCAAAUAAAUUGGAUUUCUUUAAUGAGUACCUAAGUCCAGUCGCUCAGAACAAUCCAUGCUCUAAUGAAGAAAAAAAAGUAAUCAAUUUUAAAAUGAUCACUUAUAAAUAGCACUUCAACAAUACGCUAUUAAAAAUAAAUGUAAU